ACAGGCAGGUUUCCGUUUGAUCCAGACACGCACUGGUUUUCUCUCAUGCGUUUACUCACAUUUCCAUGAUUUUGAAAUGAAGUUAACACAUUUUGCAGCUUCCAGGAGAAUAUUCCUCUCAUAUUAGGGGACAACAAAAAGGGACUUUUUUCAUCUUUAUUUCUGCAAAUGCAGUUAAGAGGAAACACCUGUCGCACUUGCCUGUUGUGGAGUCUCAGGUGUUGCUGUGCGGAGUUUCUAAACUUAAUGCAUAUAAUGAAAGCUUGACGGGACAUUUUUAAGAACAAGAACGAAACUAGUAAAGAAGAAGUUUUUUUCUUUUUUUGUGACUACAAAUGGAUUCGAGAGGAGAAGUCAUGGUUCUGCUUCUUUUAAGUGUGUCGUGUGUUGGCGGUGACUUUGUGGAGCCUCGGGAGCCCGUUACCUCCCUGCGCUCCCUGGGCGAUGCUCAGACCCGGUUGCCCUGCGUCUACAAGGAGGAGGAGGGGGAGAAGGUGGUGCAGGUCACCUGGUACAAGGAGCUCCCAAAUGGCACGAAGGAGCAGAUCAUCACGGCCCACUUUCAGGACGGCCACACAGAGUUUGGGCGUUACUCUGGCAGGGUGAGGUUCGAGAACGGCAACCCCACAGAGAACUCAGCCCUGCUCAUCCCCACGACGGAGGCGUCCGACGAGGGCAGGUUCACUUGUCACAUCUCCACCUUCCCCAAUGGAAACUUUGAGAGACACUUCAUACUCACUGUCUGGGUUUUACCCAUUUCCUCCCUGGACCCGGUGACUCUGGUAGAGGGCCAGGAAUUCGGUGUGGUUGCCAGCUGCCGAGCUGUGGGUCGCCCACUUCCACAGCUCUCCUGGGACACAGACCUGCAGGGCUUGACCCAGAGCCGCAUCGGCGAGGGCGGGACCGUGACCAGCCUCUUCUCCCUCCACCCGCUGCGCAGCAUGAACGGGAAAAAACUGGACUGCUUGGUGUCACAUCCGGGCUUGAAGGAACCCCGUAGGAUCACAAACCGCGUGGCGGUUCAGUAUCCCCCAGAUGCCACCAUUUCCGCCUCUCCUGGUCAUUGGUAUGUGGGUUUGGAGGAAGCUGAGCUGAUGUGUGAAGUCGUGGGUUUCCCCAAACCUCAGAACAUCUCCUGGACAAGGAGAGGAGGAGCUCUUCCCAAUGGGGUGUCUGUGACUGAAGAGAAACUGAUUUUUGGACGGGCCCUCCGCAUGAAUGACAGCGGGGUCUACGAGUGUGCGGUCAGAAACAGUCUGGGAGUGGGAAAAGCCGAGUUUACCUUAAAUAUAGCAGAGCAAUCUCAGCGGAAGAGCGACGCCCCCGUCGACAAUCAGCUGCUGAUCAUCAUCAUCGGCGCCAGUGCCGGAGCUGUGGUCCUGGGCCUGGUUCUGGUGGUGCUGCUGGUCAACAGCCACCACCGGCGGCGCAACAGGAAGCUGGAGCGGGAGCUCAACGAAAAGAGGGAUGAAAUUAGCAACCUCUCGAGACAGAACUCCUUCAGAAGGAUGAACUCUGUCAGCACAGACCCCAGAGUGCAGCCGGAAGAUUAUGUGCAUUUCAUGGACGACAACCGAAUAAAAAACAGCCAAAUAUCUCUGGGGCUGCUACACUGCAAAGGCAGCCAGUCCACCCUGGGUAGGGGGUGGGGACCUGCAGGACGGGUGGACGAGCUGGGACGUCCCGUCGUCUGGUGCGACGGCGAGGAGAGCCUGAGAGGAGCCGAGAUUGAUGGGGAGAAGGAGGAGCGCAGCAGGGCGCUGAAGUUGAACCUGAAGGGCAGCAACAUGUCACUGGUAUGCAUGAGCGUCAGAGAGGACUCGGGCCUCCCAUCGUCUCUGACUCCCCUGAAGCCGCAGCAGGACGACUGCGUGGGCCCUCAGGAGUCGGACCAGGGCCACCUGCAGGAGAGAGACUCUCCGUCUGAAGACGACUGGGCUCCCACUCAGUCUGGACGUGAGGGACAUGACGACGAGGAAAGCAACAGCUCGUGCCAGAUCUCAGAGGCUCUCACCAACCAUUUUUACUACAGCAAAGGGCUGCUCAGGCCCAAACCACACUCCAACGCCAUUCUGAUGACCACAAAGUCGCAAAUCAUUUAAACCUCAUACUUUCAUCCUGAACAUGGAAGCUUGUCUCAUCCCUGCCACAGCGGUGAACCGUAAUCUUUCUAACCAGACACUUUGAACAGUGUAAAACUGCCUUCAGAAACUGUCAGAAGGCUAAUGUUUCCUGUUAUCAGUGGGAUUCUGCUCAGUUAUUGUUCUAUAAUAACUGGAAAGUUAGUUUUUUUUGUUUUUGCCUCUUUUCAUCCCGUCAUUGGUUAACUGCCAGCAGAGACAUGACGGCAGCAAGACAGGAAGUGGGACGUUACGGUUCACUGAAGAGCUAUUCCAUACUUGGGAAAUGAAUUAUCCACAAUAUUUUUUUAAAUCCUCUCACGGAGAGUCAAGUGAGCCGUAACUACAAGGGAACAUAAACGGAAACUCUUCAAACAUGCAAGAAAUCAACAUCCUUGUUGCGCAGAGUUGGUUGUAUUGGGUAAAUUUAAACGUGUAUCCAAAGCUUUUGGUAAUUUCUUCACGAGUCUCGCCUCUAUCUUGAAGUGCUGUGUUUACAUCCAACUAUUCAGGGAGGUCAGAAUGUACAAAGCGACUGUUGUCAAGAUUUUUCCAACCAGAAUACUCUUGUGGAUGAGAACUGUGUACACUUUGUACAUCUAUGUAUGAUAUAUCUAUAUAAAUAUGUGAAAAUGUAGUUGCUUGAUGUUUAUUACGUUGCCAACAGCCGACAGGUCAAACAAGCUCUAAUUGAGGUAAUAGUGGAUCUGAGUGGAUAAAAAUGUCCUCAUCCACAGAUUCUGCAGGAGGGCCAACUACAUUCAUCCGAACAAGAGCUGUCAGUUCUAAGGCUUUAUGUAUCAUGACUUGUUUUUUUUUAAUCAGGUCUUAAAAUUAGGUAAAUGCCACCUAAUUUAAACAGAAGCUCAUAACGCAUAUUAUGUCAUUACUUGUCUGACAAAAACUAAGCUAAAAUGCAGAAACCAGAUGUGAAAUCCAUGUACACACCAUGAAUCAUUUUAUACUGUUGUUUAGUAAUAAUAAUAAUUUGAUGUUAUCAUGUUCUGUGUGACAUUAUCAGUGUGUAGGUCUUUUCAUAAUAUGCUGGACCACUUUCCUUUACAGGGUUGCUUCGCUUCAUGGCGGUUUGUGGGCUCUUGUGCACAGCUCUCUCAAAUCCCCAACUCUGGGUUUCAGACGAGCUGCAGUCUGGACUUUGACCAGGCCGUUGCACAGCCUUUUAUUUUACAUUUUCAUUUCUGCUACUGCUACAGGAUUUGCUGCUGUGCUUGCAAUCAUUGUUCUGUUGCAUGAAACGAUUUAAAACCAAGCUUUGCCUGUCGGGCAGAUCUGGGAGGAGUUCAUGGUCACUCACGACCGCAGGACGCCCAGGUCCUGCGGUCGUGCAAAGCAGGCCCACAUCAUCACCCAUUUACCACUUGACAGCUGGUUUGAGGUGUUUAUGCGGAUAAUUUCAUGUUGGGUUUUCAUAAAAAUGUACCAACGAUACUCUUGUGGUUUGCUCAGAUGUAACUUUGCAAGCUGAGGCCGUGCUGCAAAUUUCUUUUUACAGAUCUUUUCUUCCCGCAGCCCUUUCAAAUAAACCAUACUUUUUUUUUUCCUCAACUGCACCAACGUGAACUUAAACAACUAAUGUGUUAAGUGAAGCCUGCAACUCUAAGAUGUAGUUUCUCUGAGCAUUGCAAGGUCUGAUCUUGGGAUCAGUCUACUUCUGGGAAGAUUGACAACUGUUUCAGUUUUUCCACUUCACUAUAGAACGAUGGACUGGUGACAAAAGUGUAAUGGCUUAAUUUGGUGUUCAAUUGAGGAUUUUAUUUAGAGUUAGACAUGGUGAGAACUACAUCUUUUUUUUUUUUUUUAAAUCUUAAUUUUUGUUAUGUCCUGAUACUAAAUCAUUAGAAUUGACAGGGAAAAAAUACAUGAUUGUAAAUAUAUAAUGUUUUCAUUUAGUAUUUAGUGCUCCAUGAUGACGGACUGGAUGAACUGUGAAAACCUUUUGAAGCACUGUUGGGAGAUAAAUAUGUACACUUGUAAACUUAUUUUUAUAUAUCAGUGUUUUGACAUGUAGAUGUUGAAAUGACAAGACGACACAGUCAUUUAUCUACAUGCUAAAAAUAAGAAAGGAAGCUGCAGAGGAACUAACAGCCUCAAUGGUCAAUAUCACUAAUUGGUUGACAAAUUCUUGUUUACUCCUCAACGUUGAUAAAACUGUAUGUAUGUUUUUUUCAAAGUCUGCAAAUAGGGAUCCAGAUCUGGAUGUUUUUUGUAGCAGGGAAAAGACUAUCAGUAGCCCAUGAGAUCAAAGAUUUAGGCAUAGUAAUAGAUUCACAACUCACAUUUAAAACCCAAGUUAAAAAAGUUGUGAAUAAAAUUACAUUUAAUGUGGUAAAUUUGAAACACAUUAGGAAUAAUCUAACAACUGAGGCUGCAAAGUUAUACAUCAACGCCAUGUUUCUCUCGCACAUUAACUACUGUCUUACCAGCUGGUCGCAGACAGGUAGGACCGUAUAACAAUCAGUGGAAAAACUCUAUAAGCAGGCUUUGAAAACAUUGGAUAAAAAGUCUAAUUUAUAUCAUCAUUGUAAUAUUUUAACUAAAUAUGGGUUUCUUAAACUGGGGAAAUAUGAUUAAGUUUGCAGACAUUUUACUUGUUUAUAAAAUCCUUCAUGGUCUGGCCCCCUAUCGAGCAGCUCAUACCUGGGACACUAUACCCAUACAACUAAGGAACAUCACAUCUCUUCAUUCAUUCUCUAAAAACAUAAAACAGUGGCUACUGGAUAAUCAAACAUGCUGUCAUAAUCUGGUAUAGGGGUCAGGUUAUUGUUUUUACUACCUGUUUGUGUUUAUGUGCUUUUGUGUGAGCUAAUAUGUUUGUGUUUCUAAUUGUUUGUACUCUAUGUUUUAGUGUGUUCUUUUUCAAUGUUUUUUAUAUAUACCAUCAACCUGCCAGGGACUGCAGAUGUAAAUUAAGCCUGUAUGGCUAAAUCUGGCACAUUUACAUGAUGGACUUAAGUGCUCAUGUCAAUUAAUGUGCGUUGUCCCUUUUAAAUAAAAAAAUAAAUAAAAAAAAUGUUUAUUCAUAAAACUGCAGCAUGUGGGAUUUCAAAUGUGAAAAUAA